UGGGUCAUGCCGGGCCACUAACGGGCUUGGGCCGUGCCGGGCUGCUUUUAAGCGUGCCGGGCCCGUGCCGUGCUCGUGCUUAGUGGCCCGUUUGCCACCUCUACUAAAGAUUCUCGACUUCUUGCCUAAGUCUAUGCUAACUCUCUGUUUAGCUUUUAAAGGGGUUUUAGUUAGUUUCCUUCUAAUUGGCUUUAGCAGAUGAGCGAGAUGAGCUCCUAGGGAAGAGAGUCACUUACUCAGCAGUACAGAAUGAGAAAUCCUUAUUCGGUACCAUUCCAGAAGAUUCGCUAGAAGCACAAAAAGUGCCUAGCUCCCUAAAAUACUUGGGAAAUUUGUUGAAAGUAAAUAAAGCUACUAACAUAACAACUAGCCCAAUUAACUCGGGCCUAAGAGAGCAGCCCAAGGCCGGUUGGGCCCAAACCCUAGCAAACCAGCCCAAACUUGGUUCAGUCGCCCAGCGCCGCCAUUCAAUCCCGCAUUGCCACAACCUUGACUUUGCUGAUCCCAGAUGCCGCCAACGAAGCAACCUCAACCAUGAGGCCAGCACCGUCGCCACAGACCCCAGAAUUAGAGCAGUUCGACCACGAACACGGAGAAGUCACACCAGAACCGUCGCUGAGGUACAAUUUGCCAAACUUCGAUCAACCAACAUCUAAAAACGCUGCCCCCGAGCCCAACCUAACUCAACCGGCAGAGCUCGAAGGCCCGCUUGACAUUGUGUGCAGUUGGAUGAGCGCAAAUUUGCAGAUGAAGCCCGGUUUUUAAGGUGCCUGCUCGAUAGAGGGAUAAGCCUUUAGAGUUUUUAAAUUCGCAAUUUCCCUCAAUAACCUUAAUAAAUUGUAGGUUUUCACUCAAAAAAAUAAUAGAUUUUUUUUUGGUCUGUACUCAAAACAGUUGGUAAUUAAUGAACUGGGAAAAUAUAAAAGAAAAAUUAAAAUUAAAUUAUGAGGGAAAAAUAUAAACGAACAAAAAGAAAAAUUUAAAAAGACAAAAAAAGAAAAUAUAAAAAGAGGGACGGGAGAGGAUUUAGGGUAGCCAAGACCGCUGUCUUCACCCUGAAGAAGAGGGUAAGCCGCUCUCAUCAGCCAUGAAUGAGUUACAGGAGAAACAGGAAAAGGGUACGACGAACGUGGUCCUUCCUCUAGAUGAAGGAAUUCUCAUUGGGACUUGUUCAAGAUUAACCAGUGAGAAGGGUUAUAUAGUUACAGAUACGUCAACAAAGUUCAAGAUUUUGACAUCUACUGUAGGAGUAGUAGUGUCGGGUUUUAUGGGUAGAGCUGACAAUGUUUGGGAGCAUUUAAUAAAUUGGGUCAAAGGUGAGGUGGAACCUACCGUAUAUAGGGUAGCAAGUGCUGCUCAUCAGUAUAUGGAUAUUCACAGGUCAAAGGGCCGGUAUAAUGCUACAUUUAUAUUUAUUGGACAUGAUUAUGCAGACAAUCAUCUGGUGCCUUACAUAUUUAGGGUUGAAGAUCUGGCUGCUCCACCUGAUGAAGUUAGCAAAGGUGUUAGUUUUGUUAUGGAUUGUGAAAAAAUAAUUGUAGCUGGGUCGGGCGGUGGAUGGGCAUUGACCAAAUUAAAUAGUUGUUGGAGGGAGAACAUGAAUGUUGAGGUUGCAUAUCAUGUUAUCAAGUCAUCUUUGUUAGAGUCUGCGCUUAAAGAGAAGGACACGGGGGGUAUUUUCAGAUUUUUUUUUAUGAGCCCACGAUUGCGUACUCUACGUGCUUCCCAUGUGUGUGACUCAUAUAUGGAAAAAUUUGAAGAAUACCAUGAGUCUAAUCAGAGGGCUAUUUUCAUAUUGUGUUGUGAUAUUGGAAAUGCUACUCAUUUCUCCUACACAUUCAGGCAUUAUGGUAAAGUUGAGCAUAACCAAUGCCUUUUUGAGGUUGACAGAGUUAGUUUUCACAGAAUAGAGUUUCAAAAUGCACAAUCUGUUGAUUCGGCAAUCAAAGAUUCUAAAACUGGACAGUCGAUAGAAGAGCCAUUCUGCCACUUUCGGACUAUUCAACUUAUAGCAUCAGAUGGCUUUGUUGGUGAGGUUUUUAUCAGUAUGGCUUCACAAUUGAUAUUAGGAAAAGUUAUGGAACAUUGGAAGUAUGUUGAGGCUUGAAGUGAACGUUGGUAUGAAACCCAAACUUUCAAAUAUGUAGUUACUAACUGAUAUGUCUUGUCUUCACUAGGCCGGUACAAUUCAAGCAUUUUCAAUUUAAUAUUUAUUGUCUGUUCAAAGAUCUGCUUUAUUGUUGAAUCUAUAUUUUAAUGAAUUAGAGAGGUAGAUAUAAAUAUAUGUUGUUGAUUACAAAUGUC